AACUUUUCCGCGUCUGGCAGUUCGACUUAUUAUCGACGAAAUCGCUUACUGCUGAAUGCACAGCCGUCGCCAACGGAGCCUGCUGCAGCCAGCGACCGGAAAAUGAUGAGCAGCUGUGCUGUAGUCGGAGGUAUUAGGUCAGCCGGUGUGUUGAAACAGCCUGGGCAGUUUUAUAGCUCACAGCAAGCACAGCAGCCGGGUGAGAGUAUGUUGGAAGGCGGGACGCUCGGAUCUCACAACGGCCAGUCGGCGACAACUUCUCUUUUAUGCUCAAAUAAAACUCCUAUCUCUGCUCAACAGUUAUCUUCGCCAGUAAACCGUGGAACUCUUCAUGGCGGUAUAGGUAACGAAUCGGAAACCUCUUCCGUGGCAAACAGACCAAAGGAUCAAAGAAUGACAGAGGUCGAGAGGGAACAGAGGCCAAAUAAUUUACUGGAACAGCAACAGCCGCUGCCGCAUCAUCUCACCAACGGACACGAAUCAUUGAUGGUGAUGAAAGUAAGUUAA